CUCUCUCUCUCUCUCUCUCUCUCACACACACACACACACACACACACAGCUGAGAUAUCUUUGUUGCCAUGGAGGAGAUGAUCCUGAGGGAACAACCCUUCAUGGUGAACCCAAGCUCCACCUCAACCCCAUCAUCUGCCCUAGGGUUCCAUAGAGACUCAAGAUCAAUUGCCAAAGUCAAACCCAAGAUCAGGAUAAUCCACAUAUUCGCCCCGGAGAUCAUAAAGACCGACACCGCCAACUUCCGGGGACUCGUGCAACGCCUCACAGGGAAGCCCUCCGCCAGCGCUGCCGACCAUCAGAAGAGCCGGAAAAGGAAGUCAUCUGCGCUCAUCGUCCCCAAAAGAGAAGGUCAUCAAAAGAUCAUGCCUGAGAAGCCGAUUCCAAGGAAGAUGGAGCAGAUAAACCUGCUUCGUGGGUUCGACCUGAGGGAGAGGAUGAAGGAGGAAGACGCGAUGAUGAUGAUGAUGAGAGGUGGAGGAGAUGGAGGUGGGUACUUGAAGGAUUUUGCAGACUUGGACGGUUUCAUGCUUGAGUUGGGAGGGUUGCCUCUGUUGCCUGUGGAUGCUUCUCAAAUCCCCUCCUUUGAUGUAAACCAUCACCAGCAUCUCCAUCACCAUGUCUCCUGAUGAAACAUGCAAGCGGGUGUGUGGAUGGAGAAUUCUAUAGUGAGUGGAGAGUUUUCAAGAUUUGGUUUCAGGGUUUUAGGGGAUUGAGAUUGACAUCAAAUUUGUCGGUUGAUCGAUGAAAAUGCUCAUACUCUCUCUCUCUCUCUCUCUCUCUCUCUCUCUCUCUCUCUCUCUCUCUCUCUCUCUCUCUCUCUCUCUCUCUCUCUCUCUCUCUCUCUCUCUCUCUCUUUACUUUGCUGUGUAAAGAUUUUAUACACGGUACACAGACUGUCUGAACUAAUUUCUCAAACGCCCCAAUCUACCAUCUUUGAUU